CAGGACCUGGGCGGCGCGGACGCCGUGCUGCUGCUGUGGCCCUCGAGGCAGUGCUGGCGGCUCACGGCGGCCUAUCGCCGCCCGCGACUGUGGCAGCCAAUCAGGAGCGACCUGCCGGCACUCCGGGAGGAGAGCACCAACCACGACUUCCGCGGUCGCACUCUCAAGGUCGCGGCUUUCCACCAGCCUCCGCUUGUUUACAUCGAGGACCCGAGAAAUCUGACGAACGUGUACGGCACGGAGUGGGCCGUGCUGGAGAUGAUCGCCGAGCACCUCAACUUCACGUGGGCCGUGGUGCAUCUGGACAGCAGGGACCACUUCGGCAAGCCGGAUGGCAACUCGUCGUGGAGGGGCGGCACUCUGGGUGCGGUGGCCAAGGGCGACGCGGACCUCAGCCUCAACGUGUGGGUGCAGCUGGACCAGUCGCGCGUCGUGGACUUUACCACGCCCACCCGGAUAUCCUGCCUGACGUUCAUGGUGCCACGGCCGCACAUCCUGGGCAGCACGGCCGACGCCGUGUUCCAGCCGCUGGACAAGCUGGUCUGGUCGGCCUGGCUGCUGUCCAUCGUGGUGGUGACCGUGGCCGCCCGCCUGCUGGACCGCACGGCGAGGCGCGUGGGCGCCGUCACGGCCGGAGGCUUCGGCUCGCUGCUGGACAGCUUCCUGGUGCUGCUGGGCCUGGCCCUGGUGGCGUACGUGCCGCCGUCCAAGGCAUCCCUCGGCCCUCAGCGCCACCUCAUCACCUGGUGGGUCGUGUACUCGGUGCUCAUGACCACGGCCUUCUCCUCGGGGCUCAUCGCGCACCUCACCAUGCUGUCAUUCGAGCCACCCAUCAACUCCGCCAAGGAGAUCGUGGACCACGGCCUGACGUGGGCCUCCACCUACGUCCCCAACUUCCACGUCAUGUUGAACUUGGAGAACGCAUCCGAGAAAAGGCUGGCCGACGGGAUGCGGCUGGUGGACCCGCAGUCCUGGGAGCCGACGGUGGCCUCGGGCAGGUUCGUGGUGCACGGACAGAAGAUGGACUCGUUCUACUUCUUCUGGGUCGGCGGCAACCUCGGCGCGGAGACGCUGGGCAAGAUGAGGCUCAUGAGGUCGUGCCUGGCGCAGUACCCCGUCGCCAUCGCCGUGGCCAAGAACUCGCCCCUCCUGGAGCCCUUCAGCAGGGCCAUCGAGAGGAUCAGGGAAGCUGGCCUGAUAGAAUACUGGCAGCGCCUCGUGGUGCGGCGGAAGGGCAGGGCCGCCGUCCGGUCCCUUUUCAUCGACACCAUCAAUCGGGACGGCCCGCAGGUGCUCAAAGUGUCGCAGCUGUGGAGUGCAUUCGCCAUCCUCCUGUACGGCCUUGCCAUAUCGACCGCAGCCUUCAUCCUGGAGGUCGUCGUCAAGCCCCCGGAAAUGCAUUUGAAAACAAUCUGACGCUCUGCCGGG